AUGGAAGAAGAAAUUGCUGCCCUUGUUGUGGACAACGGAUCCGGAAUGUGCAAAGCUGGCUUUGCUGGCGAUGACGCCCCGCGUGCAGUCUUCCCCUCCAUCGUUGGACGCCCCAGGCAUCAGGGCGUGAUGGUAGGCAUGGGCCAGAAGGACUCGUAUGUGGGUGAUGAGGCUCAGAGCAAGAGGGGCAUCCUGACCCUCAAGUAUCCCAUUGAGCACGGCAUCGUCACCAACUGGGACGACAUGGAGAAGAUCUGGCACCACACCUUUUACAACGAGCUGCGUGUGGCCCCUGAGGAGCACCCCGUGCUGCUCACCGAGGCUCCCCUCAACCCCAAAGCCAAUCGUGAGAAGAUGACCCAGAUUAUGUUCGAGACUUUCAACACCCCUGCCAUGUACGUGGCUAUCCAGGCUGUGCUGUCCCUGUACGCCUCUGGCCGCACAACCGGCAUUGUGAUGGACUCUGGUGACGGCGUCACCCACACCGUGCCUAUCUACGAGGGUUACGCCCUGCCGCACGCCAUCCUCAGGCUGGACCUGGCUGGACGCGACCUCACUGAUUACCUUAUGAAAAUCCUCACCGAGCGUGGCUACAGCUUCACCACCACCGCCGAGCGUGAGAUCGUGCGUGACAUCAAGGAGAAGCUGUGCUACGUGGGGCUGGAUUUUGAGCAGGAGAUGGGCACUGCUGCCUCCUCUUCAUCUCUGGAAAAGAGCUACGAGCUGCCCGACGGUCAGGUCAUCACCAUCGGCAACGAGCGCUUCCGCUGCCCGGAGGCGCUUUUCCAGCCUUCUUUCCUGGGCAUGGAGUCAUGCGGCAUCCACGAGACCACCUUCAACAGCAUCAUGAAGUGCGACGUUGACAUCCGCAAGGACCUGUAUGCCAAUACUGUGCUGUCUGGAGGCACCACCAUGUACCCUGGCAUUGCUGACCGCAUGCAGAAGGAGAUCACCUCCCUGGCUCCCACCACCAUGAAGAUCAAGAUCAUCGCUCCCCCCGAGAGGAAGUACUCCGUGUGGAUCGGCGGCUCCAUCCUGGCCUCCCUGUCCACCUUCCAGCAGAUGUGGAUCAGCAAGCAGGAGUACGAUGAGUCUGGCCCCAGCAUUGUCCACAGGAAGUGCUUCUAA